AUGAUUGCUAGACCCUGGACCGAGGAUCUGCCAAAGUGCCGAAAUACCUGCGUAGCCUCUUAUUUCUCUCACCUAGGCGAUUCUAACUCUACAGACGAUUGCUUAUGUUUUUAUUGCCAAACUGAAGAUAACUCAUGCCUUUAUGGUGUAUUUGAGCCGCACAAUGGUUUAGAUGCGGCCAGGUUUAUAAUGCAGAGAAUGGCUGCAGAGCUUCUGUUUCCUCCACCCUCCUUAAGCAAUACUGAUGAGGAAAUAAGGGAAAGACUUAGAAAUGCUUUUAUAUCAGUAGAGAAAGCAUACAUAGAAAACUAUGAUGGAAUGAUAGCUGAACGGACAAGUCUUCAAUAUAGAUUGCAAACUUUAAAUGAAACACAAAUAUCUCAAAACUGUGAUAACAUCCUCCAUCGCCUAAAAGAAAUUGAUCAUCACCUAUCUGGUGGCACUACAGUUGUAUUAGCUCUUGUUCAUAACAAUAAGCUGUUUGUGGCUAAUGUUGGUGAGACCCGGGCACUCCUUGGCAGAACAGACGAUAAUUCGGUGCUAAGAGUUGUCCAAUUGACCAUGGACCAUAGUUUGAAUAAUGAGGAUGAGUUGUUACGUCUUUCACAGUUAGGAUUGGAUGUCAAUAAACUUAGGAAUGUGCAAUAUCUAGGCAACCAAACUGGAACACGUUGUCUUGGUAAUUAUCUAGUGAAGGGUCUAUACAAGGCGUUUCCUAGUAUUAGUGCAGCUAUGUCAGAGCCUGUUGUGGCAGCUCCAGAGAUACAUGGACCCAUAUUGCUCGAUGAAUCUUGCAGGUUCUUAGUUCUAGUCAGCGCGGGAGUCUAUAAGCGCAUUCAAGAAGUCCGAGGCAACAGCGAGGAAACAAACAAACAACUCGCACAGAAAAUUGUUGAGAACUUCCGUAAACAGUCAGAAUUUACGCGUGUCAGUCAAUCUGUUUUAGAAGAAAUCGAAGAUGAUUUCGUUACAUUUUGUGCUCAAAAUAAUUUAACGCCAAAACCAAAUACGCAUAUAACCCUACUAAUACGAAACUUCAACUUUCUCCCGCCAAUUCCAAAUGACAGCUGUCAGAAGAACGCCUCGGUUAGAUUUAAUCCGAUAGUUCAAUCGAAGUCCAACACGCUCUUGAACGAAAUCGAUUCUGAAUUUUCAAAUGAUUGCGAGAACGAUUCUAUUGUUGACACGAAUAGAUCGAUCGAGUCGACAUCCGAUGUAUACCCAAAUCGCCCUUAUGAAAAGGAUAAACGCAUCAAGGGUUAUGUUGAUUUUUCAUGUUAUUAUGAAAAUGUGGCGAAAGCCCGUAAAAAUGGUACCUUGCCAAGUUUUAUUAAGUGA